AUGUUCGUCACUGUAGUAGAUGCCAUUGUUAUUAUUUUCAUCAACUCUUUGUUCGCCUGGCUCCUUCCCAGGGGGCCCCUCCUCGCAACAGCAGCAGUUGCCUUCAUUUUCCUUCUCCACGGCCUUCUUGAGGCCCUCUUGGGACCCCUGCUCGUCCUCGCCCCAGACGAGGAGGAGCCGGGGGGCCCCCUGGGGCCCCUGGGGGGCCCCCUGGGGGGGCCCCUGGGGGGGCCCCCACCCACUCACAUCGAACGCAGCCACAACAACCCCGCACGCGCAGCAAGGGAAACAGAUGGACUCACUCCGCAUCAGAGGGAGGCACUGCUGCACAGAGAGGUCUCCCUGCCCUCCACUGCCUGCCCCAGCAACUAG